UGCCUGCUCUGCCAUUUAGUAACAUUUCAGCUCGUUCGUCUGGCAGCGCCGUUUGGUGAAAGACGUGAAUGGCUGUGUGUUUUGUUCAUUGUCCUGAUUUUUAGAAGAAAAACACCUUAGAAUUUAGUUUUUUAACAGAAAUUCUGACGGUGGUGUGAUGGUGAAUACUCGUCGUACGGAGUCAAUUGGCUCGACGCCAGACUUCAACACACAGCAUCGUCCAGGGAAAACAGCAGCUGCAGACUCAGACUCAUCCAGUGUUAGCGAAAGUGAAGAUUCUCAAAGUGAGGACGCUUCAUGGGAGUCCGAAGACAAGACCAAGACCCACUCCAAGAAGGAUCCGGCCUUAGGACCCGGAGUCAGAGAACUGCGAAGCAGAUUUGUUUAUAGCGAAAGAAAAUAUUCUUCCAGCUUACGCAGUGAUAAUUUAAAUACACGGAAACGAAUAGCACUUGAUGCGAGACAUUCUCUUACAGUCUAUUCAUCAAGGAAUAUGCACAAUGAUUCAGACAUGUACAAUGGAAAUGAUUCGGAUGACGACAUGUAUUCCCGAAAACCAAGGCGAUCACGUCACUUAAGGUCGCAUUUAGAUAGGAUUGAACGUAGGACUGCGCUGUCGCUGCGCCCCAUCAGCCAAAAAUGCUACGCCGACUCCAUGUCCGACACCGAACUGAGGCGCAGCAAGCGGCAGCGCAAGGUCCAAUUCGAAAACAUGUCGUGGCUUGCCGACGAUCAGAUGCACAAAAUGGGUUAUCCCAACUUAAAUACACCUGGAUAUUCGGAGGAAGACAGUCGUGAUGCCCCAGAUGUUCGCUUAGAAGAACCCAGCAGAAGCACUCGUCAUUCAAACGAUGUAAAUAGCGGCAAACGUAGAGAAAUAAAAAGCCCCAAGUAUUUAUACAACUACGAAACGAAUGAUGUCCCUCCACGAAGACGUCGAAGCGAGAUAACGUCUCGUUCGAGCGAACGCAAUCAAAAAGAACUACGAAAUAGGCGCGAAUCGAACGAUAAAGAAAACAACGAAGAAACUAACAUUAAUGGACGAUCAUCACAUAGUCGGUCUUCGAAGAGGACAAGUGAGGCCGCAGGGGAGGAUAGUGAGAAGAAAAGCGAUGAUACUGUGGAAGAUGAUUCCAAUGACAGCAAGAUACAAGAAAAUGGGGUUGAAACGAAUCAAGAAGGGGCCAAAGUUGAAGAAAAUAAAUCAUCAGAGAGUGAUCUCCCGAAGGUGCGGACAAGACCAAAACCGUCGAAUGCCACCAUCAUACUGGAUCGGAAUUUUUCGCGGAGGCCUAAGAAUCGCAAGCCCUUUGAUAGUUCAAGUUCCGAAUCUGAGGGCGUUAAGAAGGGCUACUCGCUACGAGCUCGGCAACCGAAACCGCCCCCAAUGAAACAUUCGGCGUUACAUUCACACGAACUUCCCAGAAACCGGAAGCGGUUCACUCGACGAAGAAAAGUUUCAUCAUCGAGUUCGAGUUCUUCAUCAGAUGCGGACGUACGGCAUAGUAAAACACCCAAAAAUCAGCAUUCCAAGAGUGAGCAAAAAAUGAAAUCUGGCGCCGGUGGUAGUAAAAUUAUACCAAUCGGGCCUGAAACCUUAGACACUAAAGUUAGGUUUAGUAGUAUUGGAGGUCUAGAUGGCCACAUCCAGUGUCUCAAAGAAAUGAUUCUACUGCCUAUGAUGUAUCCCGAAGUGUUCAGACAAUUCCAAAUACAACCACCCAGAGGUGUUCUCUUUCAUGGGCCUCCAGGUACUGGCAAAACUCUAAUCGCGCGUGCUCUGGCUAAUGAAUGCAGUUUUGGUUGCCGCAAGGUGUCGUUUUUUAUGCGAAAAGGAGCAGAUUUGCUCAGUAAAUGGAUUGGUGAAUCGGAAAAACAACUACGAUUGCUUUUCGAACAAGCCGCUGAGUUACAUCCUUCGAUUAUUUUUUUCGACGAGUUGGACGGUUUAGCUCCUGUGAGGUCUUCCAGACAGGAUCAGGUUCAUGCUAGUAUUGUUUCAACGUUGCUUGCUUUGAUGGACGGUUUGGAUAAUCGUGGUGAAGUAAUAGUAAUAGGAGCGACGAAUCGGAUAGAUGCCAUUGAUCCUGCGCUCAGAAGACCAGGGAGGUUCGAUCGGGAGCUGUUUUUUCCUCUUCCUGCGAAACAAGAACGUGAGUCCAUUUUGAAGGUGCACGUCUCGCAGUGGUCCUCUCCGCCAAGUGAGGAGCUUUUAUCUUACUUGGCAGAAACGGCGGUCGGCUAUUGCGGCUCCGACUUGCGUGCUUUGUGUUCGGAAGCCGUUAUACAAGGGUUCAGACGAACAUAUCCUCAAGUUUACAAUGCAGACUAUCGACUGAUGUUAAAUCCGGAGAACGUUAAAGUCGAAAAGAUCGAUUUUUUAAGAGCCAAAUCUCUCCUAGUACCUGCCUCGCAUCGGGUCACUCAAGGCCUAGGACGCAAACUGUUGGUAAUCCUAGAACCAUUGUUGAGUGAAGCCGUUAAAAACGUUUUCAAAAUGCUUGAACAAACGUUUCCGCAUGCUUUAAACCCUGCUCUCUCCAAAGUUAAAUUAUCUCCGAAUUUACGACCAGCUCAGCUUCUCCUCUUGGGAGAAACGCCCGACUGUGGUCAAACUUCACAUCUGGCGCCUGCGAUAUUGUACAAAAUGGAACAUAUCCAUGCCUACAUUCUCGAUCUAGCGACUUUGUAUAGAGAAACGGGUCGUUCAGCUGAAGAAACGUGCAUUCAAGUGUUUAAUGAGGCGCGACGAAACGUUCCAAGUGUGAUCUACAUUCCAAACAUUGAUAAUUGGUGGGCUUUGGUUAGCGAAACAGUGAAGGCGAUUUUGGAUGCGCAAUUGUCGCAAAUGGAUCCGAAUAUUCCCAUUUUGUUACUAGCAACGGCCGAGACAACCUACGAUAAUCUACCAGACGAAAUUCAAAAUAUUUUCUCCCGCUACCGGAAGGAAGUUUACCAACUGGAUUUGCCAAACGAUGCAAGUCGUGAAGCAUUUUUCAAACCAUUGUUGAUCGAUUCGUGUUUGAAGCCACACAGACCGCCGAGGAAAAGGCCCAAGACACCGCCACCUCUUCCGAGAGCUCGCACCCCUCCACCUACGCCUCUAACCGAAGAACAGUCGAAAAAAUUAUACGAACAAGAGGAACACACUCUCAGGGAGCUUAGGAUAUUUUUAAGAGAUAUUUGUAAAAAGUUAGCCAAUAACAAAUUGUUCUAUAUGUUCACCAAACCAGUCGACACUAAAGAAGUGCCUGAUUAUCCCACCAUUAUCAAACAGCCCAUGGAUCUGGAGACGAUGAUGACCAAAGUCGAUUUUCACCGAUACGAAUGUGCCAAAGAUUUUCUAAAGGAUAUCGAGCUUAUCGUUCACAACGCCCUCGAGUAUAAUCCAGCCAAAACAUCGGCAGACAAGCAAAUAAGACAUAGAGCUUGCUCGCUUCGCGAUUACGCCUACACUUUAAUCAAAAAUGAGAUGGACAGCGAUUUCGAAGAUAAGUGUCAAGACAUCGCCUUAAAAAGACAAGUCAGAAAAGCCAGCGUUCAGAAAUACCUACCAGCAUACAUUCAAACCCCAGAGGAUUUUAAUCUCGUUGCAAAAUCGGAAGAACCAGCCGAUAAAAACACUGAAGAAACUGAGCAAACAAAUCCAAGUCAAGAAGUCAAAGUACCCGAGAAACCAAAGACCGAAGAAAAACUUAAUGAGAGUACGAGUAGUACGACUAAGCUUAACACUUCGAAAAAACGGAGGUCUCAAAACAGUUGGCAAAGGGGCUAUGUGAAGAAAAGGAAGCGGACGAGUAAAACGUCAGAAUGUUUGCAGCAAGAUUGUGAAAAAAAAGAUUCAUCGGAUGAUUCUAAGGAUGUUAAUGUUACGUCUGAACCUGAAGAUGUGCCCGCUGAAACUGUUGAAAGUACGGCGCCGUUGACCAUUAAUUGUAAUGAAUCGCCCCAGAAAGAGAACGCAGAAUUGCAGUCGCCUAGGAGGAGGUUGAGUGAUCUCAUGAGUCCGUCUGAAUUAUUAGAAAAUCCUUUAGAAUUUGAUGAUAUCGACCAAGCCCUCAAUGAAAAUGUUGAAGAACCAGUGAAUAGGCCACCGGUUGAGUGCUCGCAAAAGGAGCUGGAGAAGAUUUUGGAGCAGACGGUGCAAAUUACAAGCGGGUGUUCGUUGCAGCCGCUUCUAGAUUUAUAUAAUCAGCUCAGUAGGAUAGUGAAGAAAUUCUCCAACACUCAUCUUCGAACCGACUUACCAAAGGAAUUAGGCGUUGAGUUGAAUAGGUUCAAGAAUGAAGCCAGUUUGGAGACAGUUAGUGAGAGGAGUCCUUCGUCGGAUCAAUCCACGUAACGUAACAUUUAUUAUUAUAUCAUGAGCAACACUGCCACGGAUUUUUAAAUAAGUUUUAAAUUAUUUACCAGUAUUUUUACUUUGUUCUGUAAUAAGCCAACGGUCUUAUUUAAUGGCGUGGUUACUUAUUAAGUUGGUCCCUACAACCAAAGAGGAGAUGGUAUAAAUAAUUGCACUGCCAUGGGGUAAGGCUGAAUAAUUUGUUAUUUAAUAAGGACUACUUAAUGUCAGCGUAUGUGCAUGUGCCUUCUUAAGGUGAAGUGUCCACGAAACGAUUUCGCGUUUAAUGUUUUCUUCCCAUGUGGUAUCUUCUUAGAUUGUGAUUUAUAUUAGUAGGCAGUUGAUGAGAAAAAAUGCAAUGUCGUACAAGAACACGUGGGAAGCGGUUGUUUUAGAUGCCCAAUUUUUUAAACUUACUGUUUAAUGUAUAGAAAAUAUUUUAUUAUUCAGUUUUCUACUUUAUAAGGUACUCACGUCUUUUUGAAUUAACGAUUUAUUUUUUACUCCAGAAAUUUUGGAUGAAAGUGAGUGAAAUUAUGAAGUUUUAAAGUAAAUGUGUUUUGAAAAUCAAUCUGUUACCGAAAACUUUUCAUUUUUCUUGAAUUAACUUUUUGUUUGUCUCAGGCAUUUUUCAAAAAUGCUAAAUUCCGUAAUAAUAUUUUUUUUAUUAGCCAAUGUCUUAAUUGUUUAUCUGCAUUAAAAUUAAACUUUGUUUAUAAUAAAUUAGUAAAAAAAA